UGGGACUAUCAUGUGUGUAUCUCGGCUGGUUUUGCUGCUGGGGCUGCUUCUGUGUGUCGGGGCUCAGCUGUCCUACGCUCAGCACUGGUCUCAUGGUUGGUACCCCGGAGGCAAGAGGGAGCUGGACUCCUUUGGCACAUCAGAGAUUUCAGAGGAGAUUAAGUUGUGUGAGGCAGGAGAAUGCAGCUACCUGAGACCCCAGAGGAGGAGCAUCCUGAGAAACAUUCUUUUGGAUGCCUUGGCCAGAGAGCUCCAGAAGAGAAAGUGACAGAUUUCCAUCUCACUAAGCUUUUCUACCUGGUGACCCUUUUCUUCUGCAUCUUUGUCUUGAUUCUGUGAUCCUGUGGUUUUAUUAGUUGUUUUAUUAGUUUCUCCAGCAUCCCAGUUUGUUUCUCUGUAGAAAACAAAUGUGGAAAUUACAAUGUCCCAGAAUAAAGUAUCUAUUUUGAUAUGAA